GCCGUUUUGUGUUGCGUUGCGGUGCUGGUGGUAGUGUUUUCUGCUGCAGCGAGAGUGGUGGAACACAAGAAAUCCAUUCGCGAGCGCUAAUUGUUUUCCGCCAUCCCGUUCACCUCAGCCUUGCGCGUGCACAACCUCUCGCGAUUGGCUGGGUCGGUUAUUAUUGAAGCAGCUCGCAGUGAUCUUUUAUUUUUUGUACGGUGGUGUGCGGCUGCAUUGUUGGCAUUUGCAGUGCCAAUCCCUCGAAAGUGGUGCAAUACUUUUACUUUCAAUAUCGAGUGAAGAAUUCUAUCGAGAAGAAUCGUUCCGGUGGUGGUCGACGAGCAGUGACCAGAAGUAGUUGCGUGUGCACGGGGCGUUAUCAAAUGUGUUGAUCGAUAUCGGUUACAAGUCAUCGAACAUUGCGAGCUGCGCGGCAUGAAAAAUUCGACAAUGAAUCUGCGAAAUUGGAUUGUACUGGCCGUGUUGCUAGUGCUUUGUAUCAACAAUAAUGGUCGAACCGUUGCAAGCGUAGUAACCGACCACGAUCGCGUUGUGGUAUGCUACAUUUCGACGUGGGCCGUAUACCGGAAAGGUUCGGCGUCCUACAGUUUGGACCACUUCGAUCCGAAGCUCUGCACGCACGCCAUCUACGCGUUUGCCGGUCUGGACAUCGAAAGCAAUGCCAUGAAAUCGCUUGACCCAUGGCAAGACCUGAAAGACAACUACGGCAAGGGUGGCUACGAGAAACUGAUCGGUAUGCGCAACUCCAACCCGCACCUUAAGGUGCUGAUUGCGAUCGGCGGUUGGAACGAGGGUUCCGAAAGAUACUCCAACAUGGCAGCCAAUCCGGAACGUCGCCAAGCGUUCGUCAAGAACGCGCUGGAGUUUGUUAAGCGCUUCGGUUUCGACGGACUCGACUUGGACUGGGAAUACCCAACGCAGCGUGGUGGAAAACCAUUCGAUCGGGAGAAUUUCGUUUCGCUGGUUAAGGAACUGAGUCAACUGCUCAAGAAAAACAAUCUUUUGCUGACAUCGGCCAUCGGAGCUGGAAAAGAUACGAUCGAUGCGGCCUACGAUAUCAAAAAUCUUUCCAAGUACUUGGACUUCUUGCAUAUCAUGAGCUACGACUACAAUGGCAGUUGGAACAGGAAAAUCGGGCCGAAUGCUCCACUGCAGAGUCGCGACGUGUUGAACGUUGAGUUUACAAUCGAGCAUUUGCUUGAUCUGGGAGCACCUUCGAACAAGAUCGUUAUGGGACUGCCCUUCUAUGGAAGGACCUUUGUGACCGAAUCGAAACGUGCCAGAAUUGGUGAUGAUUCGGACGACAAAGGAUUUGCCGGUCCAUCGACCAAUGAGAACGGUUUCAUGGGAUAUAAUGAAAUUUGUGAAGCUCUGAAGGAAAGCCCCGAUAGUUGGACUGUAUCAUGGGAUGCGGAAGCUUCGGAGGCCAUUGCCACCAUGCCAGAUGGGGACAAGACCAAAGUAGUUAUCUACGAUAACACUCGCUCGAUGGCUAACAAGGUGCGCUAUGCCAUUCGUCAAAAUCUGGGUGGUUUGAUGAUUUGGUCUGUUGAUACGGAUGACUUCAACGGGCUGUGCGAUACGGAGAAGGAAACCUUUGCCGAUUUCGGGGAUCAAAAUAAAAUUCAACUUAACAUCCCACCUCCGGUUCAGGAGAAGUACAAGCUGCUGAGAACGGUCAACGAUGCCAUCGUGGUGGCGAUUGACGAGUUGAACCAGGAGAACGAAAUCUCCAAUCUGCCAGACGAUGUGGAUGGGUCGACACCAAAAGUGCCAGUUACCGGAGGCGGUGCGGAGCGGUUGAGUUUUGGGGCGGGUGUACUCACUGUGGUAGUGGCCCUCGUGUUGAGCAGAGUUUUGUAGAGGAGGAAAAACAGUUCGUAGAUGCUAGUGGAUGUAAAUGUGUGCAGGUAGUCUUAAGAUCAGAAAACUGUAAAUAAAGACGAUUGAAAAAAAGG